UUAUGACAUCAACAUCCAAAGGAAUUCUCCGCCCAUUUUUAAUCGUCUGCUUUAUCUUGGGCUGCUUCAUGGCAUGUCUGCUCAUUUACAUCAAGCCUACCAAUGGCUGGAUCUUCAGCCCAAUGGAGUCAGCCAGCUCCAUGCUGAAAAUGAAAAAUUUCUUCUCCACCAAAACCGAUUAUUUGAAUGAAACUACUAUCCUGAUUUGGGUGUGGCCAUUUGGACAGACCUUUGAUCUUACAUCCUGCCAAGCAAUGUUCAACAUCCAAGGAUGCCAUCUCACAACUGACCGUUCCCUGUACAACAAAUCUCAUGCUGUCCUGAUCCAUCAUCGAGACAUUAGUUGGGAUCUGACUAAUUUGCCUCAGCAGGCUAGACCACCCUUCCAGAAAUGGAUUUGGAUGAAUUUGGAAUCACCAACUCAUACUCCCCAAAAGAGUGGUAUUGAGCAUCUGUUCAACCUUACUCUGACUUACCGCCGUGACUCAGAUAUCCAAGUGCCUUAUGGCUUCUUGACGGUGAGCACAAACCCCUUCAUGUUUGAAGUGCCAAGCAAAGAGAAGUUGGUGUGCUGGGUUGUAAGUAACUGGAACCCUGAGCAUGCCAGGGUCAAGUAUUACAAUGAGCUGAGCAAAAGCAUUGAAAUCCAUACCUAUGGGCAAGCAUUUGGAGAAUAUGUGAAUGAUAAAAAUUUGAUUCCUACCAUAUCUACAUGCAAAUUUUAUCUUUCCUUUGAAAACUCAAUCCACAAAGAUUACAUCACUGAAAAGCUCUAUAAUGCUUUUCUGGCUGGCUCUGUACCUGUUGUGCUGGGGCCAUCUAGGGAAAACUAUGAGAAUUAUAUUCCAGCAGAUUCAUUUAUUCAUGUGGAAGAUUAUAACUCUCCCAGUGAGUUAGCAAAGUAUCUGAAGGAAGUUGAUAAAAACAAUAAGUUAUACCUUAGUUACUUUAACUGGAGGAAGGAUUUCACCGUGAAUCUUCCACGAUUUUGGGAAUCACAUGCAUGCUUGGCUUGUGACCAUGUGAAAAGGCAUCAAGAAUAUAAGUCUGUUGGUAAUUUAGAGAAGUGGUUUUGGAAUUAAAGUUUUCCAUCGUUUUCACACUGGGUUAAAUAUUUUAUGGGAUAUGAUCCAAGUAUUGAGGAUAAGAAGAGACAACAUUCUGCUUUUGUGUCACAUUUUAUCUUGGGUAACAUGUAUAUUUUGAUGGAGGUUUUUAAGAGCACAGCAUUAGCAAUCAUUUCAUUUGCUUUUAAAUU